AUGGACGUAGAAUCCGAGUACAUUGAGUCCUCUUCCAUAACCUUUGAAUGGACCCUCAAAGGGUUGAAGAACCUUUUCGAUUCGACGAAGGGAGAGAAGAAGUCGAAGGUCACCAAGUCGAUCCGCUUUGGCAACAAUCGAUGGCAGAUCCUGUUCUACGCCAAUGCUGGACAAACCAAGGAUGGAACAGAAGGUGGUUAUGUUAGUUUGUACCUUUCAUGCGAACCUACUCCGGAGGAGAAGGAAGCAGCUCUUUCAGAGUCUGGCAGAUGGGUACGAGAGGGUGUCUACAAGUUCACCUUUGAAUUGCGCACUCUGUCCAAGAAUAUUCUCUACAGCUCCAAGGAAGCACACAAUCACUCAUUUACGUCCAAGACGGGUAACUGGGGAUGGGCUCAAUUUGCUCGAAGAGAUAGCGUCUACUAUCAGGCCAUGCCUGUCAAGGCUGAAGACGCUUUCGUAAUAAUCUGCACGAUAACCUCUUCGCCAGCGACGCCCCUGGUGCAAACCCUGCCUCGCCAACCUGUUCCUAAAGCCCUUCUUGACACAGUAGGGGAACUGCUGGACGAUCCCUUGUACUCUGAUGUUCAAUUCGUUAUUCCCCAACGAGGCCAGAGUUCAAGGAAUGCCAAGACUAUUUGGGCAUCAAAGAGAUUACUACAACGCGCCGAGUACUUCCAAACGAUGUUCAACUCCAACUUCGUGGAAGGCUCUUCAAAAGGUGUCGAUCUCAAUCAAACCCCACGAGGAAUGCUACAGGACCUGGAGAGUCUUGCCAGUCCGCGAAUGUCUACCAUGGAUGAAUUUGAAGAUUCUGAUGAGGAUGACACGGAUUUUAUAGCUCACUCUUCUCGGUCGAGUUUUGUCAUGCUUGACUCAGGGAUGCAAGAGCUGUCCUUGCUGCUAGACUCGAGUCCCGCGGAUUCGGACAAACUUGAAGUUGAAAGCUACGACGACUUGCAGCCUAGUGUUACCCCAGUUCAGACUGCGUCCAAUACUCCUUUCAAAAAGUCGAGGAUAGAAGUCAAGGAUGUCGCUUAUACAACAUAUCUUGCUAUGCUAUACUAUAUAUACACUGACAAUGUUGUCUUUGCUCCUUUGUCUUCUUCUUUCCUCUCCGCUCCUGGCCAUACAAGUAAUAAUUCCCUCGAAAGCCUGUCAUCGACACAGAUAGAAGGGAAUCAGGUCCCUGGUGCAAAGUUCUCGUUGCACGACCUGUCACAUUCGAGAUCAGAAUGGAUUAGAGAAUGGAUGAUCGCAAAUCCAGGGAGACCUGCACCUUGCUCAGCGAAGUCUAUGUAUCGCAUUGCAGAUAGGUUUGACUUAACAGAACUGAAAGAGCGUGCGGCCCAGCACAUCAUCAAGUCCUUGACUGUAGACAAUAUUGCGUUCGAAAUUUUUUCGCCUUUCGCUGCCAAAUUUGAAUCCAUACGCAAGAUCGAGGUUGAAUUUUUCUUGAACCACUGGCAUAAUAUCCGUACAUCAGACGCAAUGAAGAACGUGUGGGUGCAGAUCAGAAAUGGAAGGCACCCGGGCUUUGAGGAAGUGUGGCCACUUAUUGCCCAAAGUCUGGAAUUCAAUCCCACCCCCCCAUGUGCUUCCCCGUCAACGAAGAGCACUGAAUAUAUGGUCUGA